AGAGAAAAUAAUUUUUUUAACAAUAUCUGUUAAUCGGUUAAUUUCUAAUUUCGUAUCUCGUGUCCAUUAAUUUUCCUCAUAUCUUAUUAAAUCUUAUCAUAUUUUAUUAACUUUCAUUAAAUUUAAGUGAUGACCUAAAUAAUAAUUUUUUUUUCUUCUAAUAUAGAUGAAAUAAAUAAUUAAAUCUGAUUGUUCUUUUUUUCAAUACUGACUCAUAUACAAUGUAUGCAAAAUAGAUUUAUGCAAAUAAAAAUUGGACACGCUGUACGAAUUUGAAACGUCAAAAUAAUCGGUCAGCUUUACGGGAUAAACAAUUUUACAAUUUAACCGGAAGUUGAACAAAGGAGAUGCAGGAAGUAAUGUGAUACAUGGUCGCACGGUUCUACAAAUAAUUUGUACAGUAACCGCGUUAAUGUUGCAAUGUGUUUAUUAAAAUGUUAAAGAUACUCGUUUUUCACUUUGCUGUUGUGUAUUCUCAAUAUUCAACUGAUCGGCGGCCAACUGUGCAAAUAAAGCAAGGAACUAUUACCGGUAUUAAGUUGUACGGUGAAGAUUUAAAAGUAGUAGAUGCUUUCUUAGGAAUACCGUACGCAUCUCCACCAAUAAAUUAUUUAAGAUUUGCACCACCAAAAAAACAUUUAGGUUGGAAUAGAACUUUCGAAGCCACCGAAUAUGCUUCCCAAUGUCCUCAAUUACCCAUCUCGAAUAAAUAUAACGAGGAUUGUUUGCGUUUGAACGUUUGGGCGCCUGCGAAUGCCAUCAAAACAGGUCCAAAAUCAGUGGUGAUUUUCAUCGAAGGAAUCGAAUUCCAAAAAUCAUCCGGAACUCCUAUUUCGGGUCAAGAUUUGGCCAUGGAAGACGUUAUUGUCGUUUCAAUAAACUACAGGUUGAACGUUUUUGGAUUUCUUUGUUUGGGAAUACCGGAAGCUCGUGGAAAUUUGGGGUUAUUAGAUCAAUAUCUAGGCAUAUUAUGGGUUAAAGAAAAUAUUAAAUAUUUUGGGGGCGAUCCAGAAAAAAUUACGUUGUUUGGGUAUUCAGCUGGAGCUGCCAGUGUAAUGCUUCAUGUAACAUCACCAAGAACUUUAGGUUUAUAUCAAAGAAUAAUAAUAUCUUCUGGAAGCCCUUUAUCGCCUUGGCAUAUCUCAGAAGAUCCUUUUGCACCCAGCAAAAAAUUAGCCAACAUUUUAGGAUGUUACAACAAAGAUCCCAAAAUCGUUUUGAAAUGUCUUCAAUCAAAAAGUGUUUAUGAUAUUUUAAAAUCUUACGAAAAUUACGUCAAGAUGGGAAAUCCAUUAUUUUUACCAAUCGUAGAUGAUUUUCUCCCAGAAAACGAUAAAUAUUUGCUGAAAAGUGCAGAAAUAGCAUUACAACACGACACCAAACAACAAGUUCCCAUAAUGGUUGGGAUUUCGAGAAAAAUUUCAGACUUUCAGUACAAUAAAUGGCACGAUUUAUCAAAUCAAGGUAUCCUACAGUUACAACAACACAUCGAUCACGUUGAAAUCCCCGAAAUUAUUCGAAAAUAUAAAUUAAACACAAACAAUAAGGUACAUAUUAUGGAACUUUUAAAAUGGAGGUUUAUUUCGUCGAGUCAAAGUCAUCUUCAGCUGCUAUUAAAACAAUUAAAAGAUUUAGAUUUUGAGGCGAAAAUCGAAGCACCUCUUUAUUCACUUUUAGCAACGUUGGAAAUGUCUCAUAUCGGCCCGUUGUAUGUUUACUAUUUGAGUGAUUUAGGAAUUCAUUUAAAUACGACAAACGCAACGAUUACGUCUGAUAUGUUAUUGUUAUUUGGGCCGUUGCUAUUCAGUCAGUUAGGAAAGAGAAGACUGACCAAUAAAGAAUAUCGACUUAGCGUUCAAGUAAAGAGUGCUUUUAAAAAUUUUAUUAUUUUUGGAGAUCCAACUCCAACACAUGAAAACGAAUGGAAACGAUACACAUCAAACGAUCAUUACGUGGAAACUUUCCAACCAAACAUUUUUAAACAAGAAGAUGACAUUAUUGAUAGAAAUAGGAGGAUAUCUUUUUGGUUAAAUUUGUUACCCGUUAUUUCUCAAAGAGAUCAAGUUAUUACGACUAGCCCAAAAGAAUUUUCUGGAUUAGAUCCAACAGCAAGUUUUAAGCAUGCCAUUUACACUUUGGUGGGGUUAGUCAUAGCUUUGCUUAUCUUAUUGGGAAUUUGUAUUAUUAUAUUAAAGAAAAAAUACAAAGAAGAGCAUAGAAAUUUCCAUAUGGGUUAUUAAUUUUUUAAAUAGGAUUUAAUGAAGUGUUAUUUUAGUUGAGUAACUUGUUAUUUUCAAUAAAAACGUUAUGAUAGUUUAAUUGCAUAAUAAACAUUAUGGAUAUUUGUAAAA